AUGAUCGUUAAAAUGAUGAUCUUCAUUUGGCUGGUGUACAUGGUGUCCCCAUCUGUGUGCCGUGGUUUGCGAUCACCGCCAAAACAUUCCCCCGAAAUCUCAGCCCACCCAAAUAGCAAAUUUUAUGCGAAAAACGAAAGUUCAAUCACAUACAUACGGGCGUCAAUUCCAAUGAAGAUCUUCCGCUGCAUGAAGAAGUUCAAUAUCGCGAAGUGCAUGAAGCUCUUCCUGCUGCAGAGAAUGGAGAGGAAUUGGCCGAAAAACUUGGGAAGCACUGGCAACAUCACUGAUGACUUCCUCGAUCACAUUCUCACGCGGGACACGGACGAGAGGCCCGACUUUGACGACAGUUAUACAAAUUUACCCGAUAGAGACAUCGAUGCGCGCCUCGUAAAGAGCAUUGAGCAGUAUUUUGCCAAUCGCGAAAUUAAGCUGCACUUCAUACCUGGAAUGGUGGUGAAGGUGCGGCCGAGCAAGGAAAAUCAACUGGAAUUGACACUGAAGAAAGGUACAUUAAGACAAGGAGUGCAUUUCGAUGCGGACACAUUCGUCAAUGCAAAUUCCACUGUUGGACGCAAGAAGCGACCACUGGAGUAUAUUCUGAACGUGGGCCUACCUGCCAUGCUGAUGCCGAUGAUCCUAAUGGGCUCAGUGCUGCCCAUGGCAUUGCCAGCCUUUAAGAUGGCUGCACUAAUUAGCGGGGCCAUCAACAAAGGUGCUCUGCUGGCGGCAAUUAUGUACAUGGCGAAGAAUUAUGCGGAGCACCAGAAAACACAGACGCUCUACAUGAGCAACAUUCAGUAGCC